AUUAGGUUGAAUGUGUGAAACAUGGCAUCAAGCCGGGCAAGUGAGUCCAAGUUUGAGACCUUGUCGAAAUUCUGGCCGAUUCCAAAGAAGGCAGUAUGCGAAGCUCGACCGAGGACAAGGGCCCAGCUGGAGUAUUUCCAAAGGGCAGACACAGAGAGUCUACAUGAAAUCUUCAAUAAGUAUGCAAGUAAAGAGGAAGGUGGGGAAAGGUUUAUGACCUAUCAUGACUUCAUCUUGAGAUACUUGCGAGUUCUGGAAGAAGGAGAUUACAAUGAAGAGACACUUCACUUUUUCGGCAGUGCCAUCGACACGUCCCGGGACAAGAAGAUUUCCUUCCCUGAGUUCCAGGCGUUUGAGGCACUGUUAUGUCUGCCAGAUGCCAUGUAUGCUCUGGCCUUCCAGAUAUUUGAUCGCGCUGGCAAUGGAUAUAUUACUUCUGAUGAAUUUGUAAAAAUUAUCAAACACACUGUCCUUCAUGAAAAGAUGCCAUUCAACUUCGAGAGUGAGUUUCUUAGACUUCACUUUGGGAAAGACCUUCAGAGAAAAGUCACAUAUGCAGAAUUUACUCAACUAAUUCAUGAUUUCCAUGAUGAGCAUGCACUGCAGGCAUUUAUGAGCUUGGAUAAGGACAACAAUGGUUACAUCAAUGCUGUGGACUUCCAGCGGAUCAUGUUGUCGUUGAAAUCUCCUCUCCUCACAACUUUUGUGAAGGAGAAUCUGGUCACAGUGGCAGUGGGAGGGGAGAAGCAGAGACAAGUUAGCUAUGCAUACUUCAUGGCCUUCAUCUCACUCCUGACUAACGUGGAAUUGAUCAAAAAAAUUUACCUGGUUGCAUCAGAAAAUAACCCAAAGAAAGAGAUAACUAAAGAGGAGCUGCUAUAUGAAGCACAAGGCUUCGCUCAGAUCACCCCAAUGGAGGUAGAUAUACUGUUUCACCUUGUGGGCCUCCGUCACCAGACAGGAGUGCCCAGUGAUUCACAAUCUUUUGGGAGAGUAAUGUAUGAUGACUUACUGGCAAUUUCUCCGAUGGAAGGAAAACAGACGCCAUAUUCUGUGAAAAUGCAAGUAGCUGAGGAAAACAUCCGUCUGGAGCAGCCUGUGGAGAGAGGUAUUCUGAUACAGGUGGCUGAGAGCAUCUACAGGUUUGGUCUGGGAGCAAUUGCCGGAGCUGUUGGAGCGACAGCAGUCUACCCCAUUGAUCUGGUGAAGACACGUCUCCAGAACCAGCGGACUGGCUCCAUGGUGGGAGAACUCAUGUAUAAAAACAGCUUUGACUGCUUCAAGAAGGUGCUGAGGCACGAGGGACCUCUGGGGCUCUACCGCGGUUUACUGCCCCAGAUUGUUGGCGUGGCUCCGGAGAAAGCCAUCAAGCUUACCAUGAAUGACUUAAUGCGUGACAAGCUGACGAGGACUGAUGGUUCUUUACCGCUAUGGGCAGAGAUGAUAUCUGGUGGUACGGCUGGUGCCUCCCAGGUUAUCUUCACUAAUCCUUUAGAAAUUGUCAAGAUCCGUCUUCAGGUAGCAGGAGAGAUUGUGGGGAAAAGACAAGUCAGUGCUCUGGCAGUAGUGAGAGACCUGGGUCUGUUUGGACUGUACAAGGGAUCGCGGGCCUGUUUCUUGAGAGACAUUUCCUUCUCAGCCAUAUACUUCCCAGCAUACUCGCACGCCAAAAAGUUUUUCGCUGAUGACAGUGGCUACAACGCUCCCCAUACGUUGUUGCUGUCUGCUACAAUGGCUGGUGUGCCAGCUGCUGCCCUACCCACCCCUUUUGAUGUGAUAAAGACACGACUGCAAGUUCAGGCACGGACUGGUCAGACCACCUACACAGGGGUCACAGAUUGUAUACGCAAGCUGUACAAGGAGGAGGGAGGCAGUGCCUUCUGGAAAGGCACCCCAGCCCGCGUCUUCCGGUCAGCUCCCCAGUUUGGUGUCACAUUGCUGACCUAUGAACUUCUGCAGAGGUUGUUGUAUGUAGAUUUUGGCGGCAGGCGCCCAGAAGGAUCAAGUGUGAGGAAGACAAGUUUGGAUGACGUGAUUUCCCGACACCCUGACCACAUAGGCGGGUACCGGUUGGCCACAGCCACAUUUGAUGGCAUGGAUACGAAGUUUGGGCUGUGUCUUCCAAGAACCCGUGUGUCAGCGUGACGUAGUAGUCCAUUAAUUACCAAUUGUUAGUUGUAUGUAGUAUGAGACAGGCACUGUGUUGUGCCUGGCCUACCUCGUACCCUUCAGGCUGGUGAUUCGAGGGCUUGCUGUGAUAGAUGACAUACUUAAUAACAACAAAACGAACGCCAGAUACUGUACCAUCUGUUUUCCUGAGGUGGGGAGGGUGUGGUUUGGUUUGAGAGGGGAACUUGGGAUAUGGUUGAUGUAGAGUAGAAAAAUAUUGAGUUACCUCAGUGCUUUUAGACCUAGAGAGAGUGUGGCUAUAAUGUAUGAGAAGUUUUAAUUAAAUAAUCAUGAAAUCAUGUGGUGUAAAUGCAUAAAAAAAAUCAACAGGUUGCAUUGUACUGUAUGCCAGGGUCCCAUAUGUCAUGAUAUUAAAUACCUAGGUUGAGGUGUGUGCAUAUUCAUGUAAUGAGUCGCCAGGUACUGGUUUUUGAGAAGUGUGCCACCUGCUCUUGUAUCAGUAUUACAACAUGGUUGCUUGUACCUAAUCAGACUUAUUUACAUGUAUAUUUAAGUAUAUACAUUUAUAUACUAAGCCAAGCCAAGUCCGAUUAGGUGGCAGCUUAUUUGUGACUAUCAUUCAGCCAUGUUGAAAAUGAGGUAACUUUUUUAAUGGAUUAAGCUUAAACUUAAGUUUAAUGACAAUAAAUUUCAUGAUACACAUUUCAAUGACUGGGCUCCUGUCCACUGAUUUUGUUACUGACUAUUUGCCAUUAGAUUGGGAUUUGUUUUGCUGUUGUGGUUUUACAGAUUAUUCUGUGUUUUUUUGGAGUCAAAGUUAAUGUGUCGUCAUUUGUUUGAGAGGCGUCACCCCUCCCCAGUAUAUACUUAUGUGACAAUGUGAAUGCGAUGUAUACACACAAUGUUUUUAUGAACAUGUAAAGUUCAGAAGUGUUCUAUCAUCAGAUAUGUCAAACCUUAUUAUUUUGGUGUGUGCCCUAGAGACAAACUUAAUGCUGUAAGAUGUUUUGACUAGGUACUGCAAGUACAUGUAAAUACAGACCAAGAAAUAGUUUGUCAGAUAUUUUAUCACCUAAAGGCUGUGUCUUCAGUUGAGUUACUGUGCAUUUUGUGAUAAAUUUUUACUGGUGUGUUUAUGAUUUUAUUUCCCUGAAAUGUACAAGUUAAUUUCAGAGGAUGGCAUAUUAUUAAAACUGGCCUGAAAAGAGAUUUCUGAUCCUCUUCGUACACUUCUGACUAAACUGUGCAACAUGUUGAUUUUCUCUAGUGACAUUUUGGAUGCAUGGAGCUUUAUAGGAAAGAUUCUUUAAUGGCGGUAUAAUUAAUCAAAAAAGUAAUGAAAUAGUUAGGACAUUGUGUGUGAUUUAAUAGUGUAGAUAGAUAACAUGUACAUUGUUGAAUGUUGUGUAAAACCAUCACAAUAGCUGUCUAAAAACAAAUACAUGUGUAGUAUACUUUAACACUUCAAUCAGUGCCUAUCUAAGUGCAUACAUUAAUCUCUGACAAAAUCAGGCACUUGAAGCAGUUCUAUCUUAAGUGAUCACAAAUGUCUCUGAUAGAUUUGGACAGAAGCAGCAAUCUUCAAUUAAGUGCACUCUGUAAGUGUUGAUAGAAUUGGACAGUAGCAGUUAUCCUCACUUAAGUGCACACAGUAAUUGUUGAUAGAAUUGGAAACUAGCAGCAGUUCUCACUGAAGUGCACACAGUAAUCUUGAUCAGAAUUGGACACUAGCAGCAUCCACACAGUAAUUGUUGAUAGAAUUGGACAUUAGCUGUAAUCCUCACUUAAGUGCACACAGUGAAGUCGAAUAGGAUUGGACAGUAGCAGCAAUCCUCACUUAAGUACUUACAGUAAUUGUUGACAAAAUUGGACAUUAGCAGCAGUCCUCACUUUAGUGCACUCAGUAAUCUUGUGAAGAAUUGGACAUUAGCAGCAAUUCUUACAUAACAGGUUUGUCAGCAGCAAUCCUCACUAAGUGCGCAGUAAUCUUAUGUAGGAUUUAUCACCAGCAGCAAUCCUCGCAUGUACAUGUAACUGCACACUGUAAUCUCAAACAGAAUUUGAUACUACAGUAUAGCAGCAGUCGAAACUUCAGUGGAACUCCACAGAAAUCGUGUGUAGAAUUGGACACUAGCAGCAGUCCUCACAUGUACAUGUAACUGCACACUGUAACCUCGAGCAGAAUUUGGUACUACAGUUUUGCAGAAAUCCAAAUUUCAGUGAAAUUUCACAGAAAUCUUGUGUAGAAUUGGACACAAGCAACAAUCCUCCCAUGCAUAUAAGUGCACACAGUAAUCUCAAAUAGAAUUUAGGACUACAGUUUUGCAGCAAUUCAAACUUCUGUGGAACUCCACAGAAAUCUUGUGUAGAUUUGGACACUAGCAGCAUUUUUCACUUUACAGAUUUUUUGAUAGAAUUGAACACUAGCAGCAAUCUUGUAUGUGCACAAAAAUCUCGGACUGAACUGUACACCACCAGCAAUCUUACGUGUGCACUAAAAUCUCGGACAGAACUGUACGCCAGCAGCAGUCUUGCUCUACUUACAGGAACACACUGUGUCAUCCAUGGUGUUGCUGUAUAUGACAAUAUUUGUGUAGAUGCAUAAAUAUUAGAAGUUUAUGGUGGUGUACCAAAAGCAUAGUCAUCCACAACUUUAUAUGGAAAACGGAAAUAGAGUAUUUGACAUUGAGAUACGGUGUGUCAGCCUUGUUGGUAGGGUAUGUACACGUGUUGGGUUCUGCAAUGCCAUUGAAAGCCUGGACGUCUACGAUUUCAAUGAUUGGAUGCCAGUCAGUAUUACAACAUAAGGCUGUCUCACGGAACUGGAAAGCUUUCAUUUUGUUUUCACUUCUAGUCGACCCUCAAAUAUUUGUUGAUAGUGGGCAUGCUAUCUGCUAUAUGCAUAAAAGUACAUCUGUAGUAACGACUUCAUGCAUAAUAGUCAAUUUCGUCUCUCACGCCACCUGUUUUCCAGUUUUUGAGGGAGAAUAAUGUAAUUUAUGCAUAAUACUUUUGAAGUUUUCUGUUUUGAGGGAGAGUCUAUUAAAAAUCUGAAACUGUGUUUACCAUGCAUGCAUGACACAAUUUAUUAUUAUUUUUUAUAUUAAAUUGUCUAAUGUUAAAUUGAUGACAAACAACUACAGGCUAAUUCAAGUCAAUGUCUGUUUUUAGUGCUGACGAAUAUGGACUUUUCGUCUCGUUAAGAGUGGAGUGACAUACUUGGACGUUUGAGUGUUGUAGCACAACUCCGCGCAAUAAAUUUUUAGCUUUUGCACUGCUGUUAUAUUACAUUCAGUCGUUGUCUGUUAAGAAAAUUUUUUCCGGAUUUCAGAAUCUUUAAAUGUAGGCCUAUAACAUCAAAGAAUGUGGUAGAACAGGUAGAAUAAGAUGAAAGACUGUAGAAUUUGCUCAAGCUAUAUACCGAUAUUAAUACUUGCAAGCUUACCGGGUUAUCGUUUUGUGUAUAUAUAUAUACACAGGCAGAUUGAGAUAGCCUUGCAAAGUAAUAUAUGCGGUAAAUAUAGAAUCCUGUAAUACGUAAACCGUUUUCUUGUAAAGCGUGAAAUUAUUUUUCAAAAAAUCUGAGAAAAAAGAUUUCAUUCAAAGAAAUUUAUUUAUUGUUCUUACGGAAUCGUGAUACCCAAGGGGAUAUUUUAUUGAAAAUAAAGAGUGGUUGAAGUCUUAAUUGUGGAUGUGCUUUUUCUUAUUUUGUAAUCAUACUGAUUAUUAUUUGCCUAAUAAGUGGGUUCUUUUUAAAACAUUCUUUCAGCUUUCCGAACGUUAUAUAACCAUAUCUUAUCACCAAUUUA